ACGUCAUAAUCCUGCGACUGUUUAUAUGCGACCAUCAUGGCUCUGUUUCCAGCUUUCGCAGGAGUCGACAGUAACAAAGUUGAAGAUUCGUCUAAAGAAUUAGACUGGCUGACCAACAGGAGUUUUAAGACUGGAGAUGCCCUCGCUCUACACAGUCGUUUGUUUGAGACCAGUGAGAGGCCGAAAGAGAAGGAAUCAAGUGUAGGCAGAGAGCUGAGCUCUGCGGAGGAGGGGGAAGAGGAGGAGGGUAAUGUGCCACCCAAAAAGAAGAAAAAGAAGAGUGAAAAGAAGAGAAAAAAGAAGAAAAAACAUAAAAAGAAAAGUGGGAGAUAUUCGGACAGCAGUAGGUCUGACUCUGAAAUCAUUUUCCCCAGUGACCUCAAAAGGGAGCAAGAUGCAGACAGUCCCCAGGCUGCUCCGUUAGCAUGUCGUUUCUCCUGGUUGGAUGACCUCCAGGCGCCAACAGAGCAGCCGUUCUGUGUGGACUGUAAAGCAGACCCUGCCAACUGGACGUACAAGUCCCUGUACAGAGGAGACGUAGCCAGGUAUAAGAGGAAAGGCAACUCCUCCUUGGGUCUGGACCCUCGCAGACAGGGAGUCAGCUGGGCGGAGUCCGAGUCAAAUAAGAAACAGAAAGGCGGGGACAAGAAGAAAGCAGCAGACAGAUACUUCUCUACAGUCAGUCGGCAGCUGCUGAGGUCCGAGCUCCCUGUUCCUACGUUACCUACCGUUCUUGAGUGCAGCGAUGUCAUCAGCUCCACCUCCUUUCUUCCGCUGGGUGAUAAUGAAGAGAACAAACGAGGAGGGAUGGGUGACAGAGUGCAAACAUCAUCAGUAAAUCCUCUCGGAGUGUAUGACUCCUCCACGGCCCUGUGGCUGCAGGGGAAGGGGCAGCAGGAGCAGACAGAGCAGCAGAAGCAGGACACCGAGACGGGACAGAGUGCAGCGCUAUUGACCGGAAGGACUGAAGAGUUUAACAGACGGCUCAGAGAGCAGCCAACAGACACGCAGCUGUGGUUACAAUUCAUACGAUACCAGGAUGAGCUCAGUGCAACAUCGUUUGGAGGCGAGGAGGAGCAACAGGGCGGCAAUUCGGCUGAUCGUCGUAAGUCCUCCAACCGAGCACUCCUGGAGAAAAAGCUGAGCAUCGCAGAGCGUGCAGUGGCCACCAACCACAGCUGCAUAGCUCUGCAGCUGGAGAGGCUCAGGAUCUGCCAAGAGCUCUGGGAGCCCUCACUUCUGGCUAAAGAAUGGAAGAAACUGGUUUUCCUCCACCCCAACAGUGCCCCCCUGUGGAGGGAGUAUCUGCUGUUCACCCAGAGCUACUUCAGCAACUUCACGGUGUCAAAGGUCAACUCUGCGUAUGGGAAGUGUCUAAGCACACUCAGUGCAGUGCGUGACGGCAGCAUGGUCUCUCACCCGGCCCUGCCGGGGCUUGAGGAGGAUAUGUUGGAUAUCUUCAUCCAGCAGUGUCAUUUCCUGCGUCAGUCUGGUCACUCAGAGAAGGCGAUUUCUCUGUUUCAGGCCAUGAUCGACUUUACAUUCUACAAACCUGACAGCGUACGAGAACUCUCCACCAAGCAGCAGGUCGAGUUCUUUGAGCCGUUCUGGGACAGUGGGGAGGAGAGGGUUGGAGAGUUGGGGGCCAGAGGUUGGAAAGCCUGGAUGCUCCAACAAGAGCGAGGAGGGUGGCUACAGCCCAAUGCAGAAGAAGAGGAGGAGGAGGAGGAAGAGGAUGAGGAGGAGGUAAAGGACCGGAGCCAGCCCAGAUGGACAGUCUGGUUGGAUGUGGAGACGUCUCGUGAAGCUGCUCACUGGCUGCCCUGGAGGCCUGACAAAGCCAAGGGCCAAUCAGAAGAGGACUGUGAGGACCCAGACAGACAGGUGUUGUUUGAUGACAUAGGUCCAUCCCUAAUUUGUCUGUCUACACCGGAGCUCCGGCUCUGUCUUCUUCUCCAUUUCUUUUCAUUCCUGGGGCUGCCUGUGGACUCUGUGCUCUCUGCUGCCCCCUGUCAGCCUGGCCUGCUGCUAGAGAACCUCUCUCUACUCACUCAGGGUAAUGAGCUCAGGCAUCCUCUGACCUCCCACAACCUACCUGAACCUGGGGUUAACUCUGUAGGUCACAUGACCACCCUCCAGGGAACAAGGAAGUGCGUGGGGCUUGGGAAGCAGGGUGAGAGGUUUGUCACCAAUGUGAUCAGUAUGGUCCAAGCUGUCCUUCCUGUCCACCACCGAGCUGCCCUGUCACUCAGCUGGAUGCAAUACGAGAAACUCAAGGUCUGGCGCUGCUUGCGUGGCAGCAACAAAAAGCGUCUUCGUUCUCAGGGUAAACGCAGCAAGCGGGUUGCCAAGCAACUACUCAAGGAACCCGACAACCGCUCAUCUUUGGUGCUGUGGCGGGAGUACGCUCACCUGGAGUGGAUGCUGGGCAACUUUGACGAGGCUCGCAAAGUCUUCUCUACGGCCACAGCGAUAGGGGGAACCAAAGGUCUGAAGAGCCCCGCCCUCUGUGAGCUGUGUCUGCUGUGGGCCCAGCUGGAGGUGGAGGAAGGGGCCGGUGAGCGAGGGGGAGGACAAACCGAUGUCACCGUGUCCCCAGCUGUGUGUAUACUAACCAGGCUAGCAGAAGGAACUUCUUCAUCGUCCUCUUCAUCCUCCCAGUCACUCUCUCCGGUUUCCAUCCUGAAAGCCAGGAAGUUGUAUGAACAGGCUCUGACUGCUGGCUUGUCAGCCCUGGACCAAAACCUCAACAACCCUCAGGCCAACAGAAAAGCAGGCCAUGAGGACCUGCUCGGAGAGAAGCUGAGGCUGCGAGGCCUAAUAGGCUGCUACACUCUGUUCCAGUACCUCACAAUGGGCAUCCAAGCAGCUAAUGCUGUCUACAGCCAGGCUAGAGGGAGGAUGGAGGAGCUGCACAGCACGCUAACACUUGACAAGCAGCUUAACAGUAAUGAGAAAGCUAACCUUGCUAGCACAGAUGCUAGCCAGUCUGCAACUGAUUCUAGCCAUAGCAGCAGGCACUUUGCUAACAGGCUAGCUUCUGAAUGUGAGGCAUUAGCAGUGCAGAAGGCAGUGCUGCUCAGGUACCACAACAGCAUCAGUGUGUUUCCACUGGCAACACUAAGACAGACACUGACCUGUGCCCUCCCCACCUGGCCCAGCAGCGCCCCUCUUUGGAGCAUAUAUGUACAGGUGGAGAACCGUUACCAUAGUGCUGGCCGGGCGCGUCGCUUUUUUCACUCUGUAACCAGGGACAACAGCAGUGUGGUGCCGCGCCUCUUUGCCAUUGUUGCUGAACAACAAAGGAAGCAGCUGGUGGACGCUGCUCAGAGGUCUUGUAGCCAUGAUGCUGCCUUGCCCAUCCUGCCAGAGAAUGGCCUCAGCAACCGUAUCCGUGGACUGUUUGAAAGUGCCAUAGCAACAGAGAUGGGUUCUCACUGUCCUUUACUUUGGAGGAUGUACAUGCACUUCCUGGUGUCAGAGGGGAGGGUAGAUCAAGCCAAAGGGAUCUUCUACAAGGCCUUACAGAAUAUUCCCUGGGCUAAGGGUUUGUACAUGGACGCAGUGCAGCUGUUCCCUGAACAUCUGCAGGAGUUCGUAGAUCUGAUGACGGAGAAAGAACUCCGACUCAGACUGCCCUUAGAAGAACUGGAUAUACUACUGGAGGACUGAACACACACAGAUAUCAUUCAAGAACUUGUGUUUGCUUUAUUGCCAACUUGCUAGUAUCAGCACACUUGAUGGCAGAGCAGGAGAACGCAAAAACUUGGGACGCUUACACACACAUAUCUGCAGUAUUAAACAGUGAAGUUGCAGUGAUCAUAUGGGUUCAGGGCCAUUCUUUCUACAUAAUGUCUUUAUUUUCACAGCAAAACACUAGUUAAUAAAAAUGUGAUUCUC